UGAUCAAUUUAGACUAAAGGCCGCUUUCGACGCAGGGGGAAGGGAAUCAACCCAACAGUGCCCCUGGGAAAUUCCAAUAACUGGACACUGCAUGUGUAAACUGAUGUGACAUCGCAAUAUAUCAGGACUUGUAGCUUUAUUUAAUGGCCGGCAAAAUAAGUCGAGACGAAAUGGACGACAGCAUGGAUUACGAAGAGGAGGCCGGUGAAGUUGAUGAGUCGACCGUAUCUUCGCCCACUCCAUCCCCCCGUCCUGCUCUCGCAGCAGAAGUACGAGGGUCCAGAAUGGGCGUGUCCUAUGAAAGUUUUGGUGAUGAAGCUUCAUCUGAAAAAAAAGGAAAGAAGAGGAAGAAGAAGGAUAGCGAAGAGAAAAAGAAGAGAAAGAAGAGCAAAAAAGCCAAGAAAUAUGAAGAUGAUGAGGACUAUGGCUCUGGAGUUCCUGACGAGGAAGAAGAGGAAUUUGUUUCCUCCAAGAAAAAGCGACAGAAAGACAGAGGGGGAGGAAGCAAGGAAAAGAAAAGCCCCUCAGAUCAGAUAGCAGAUGAGCUUGGUAUUAACAAUGUGGAUAUACCCUUUGAUGAUGAUGACUACAUCUCCCUCAACAACUACAAACUGUUCAAACAACACGUACAGCCUAUCAUACAGAAGGCCAAUCCUAAAGUCGCCAUGGCGAAAAUGGUAACACUGAUUGGGGCCAAGUGGCGGGAAUUCGCACAGAUUGUUGCUCAGCGUAACAAAGACAAAGACGACGGAAGUCCGUCAGAGAGGGAAAAGGGGGACACGUCAAGAGAUGGGGCGACGUCUGACAAAGAGGAAGAAGUGACGGACACGGAGAACAGAGACAAUGAUGAUGACACAGAGCCUCACAGUGACCCAGUGCCAGAGGAAACAAGUAAAAAGAAGAGGAAAAAGUCCAAGAAAACGGUACCAGCCAUCAAGAUUAAAAUCGGCAAGAAAAAGCGUGGAAGAAAGAAGGCUGCAUCCGCAUUGUUUCCACAGGAUGAUGAUGGUGUUGGUUACGACACCAGUGACGAAGAAUUCGAGCGACAGCUGGAGGAGGCUUCCAUUCUCGAGGAGGAAGAAAAGGCUGCAGCCGAAGCAGCCCCCAAAAAGAAAUCCAAGACGAAGAAGGGGAGAGGGCGAGGGGGGAAGAAGAAGACAAAACUAACCAACAAGUAUCCCACCGACCCUGAUGCUGACGGAUACGAGGUAGAGACGGAGCACCAAGAUUACUGUGAGGUGUGCCAGCAAGGUGGAGAGAUUAUUCUGUGUGACACCUGUCCCAGGGCGUAUCACCUGGUGUGCUUUGAUCCGGAGCUAGAGGAACCACCGGAGGGCAAAUGGAGCUGUCCACACUGUGAGGGUGAGGGGAUCAAGGAGCAGGAGGAGGACGACCACAUGGAGUUCUGUCGCGUCUGUAAGGACGGCGGCGAGCUCCUCUGCUGUGACACCUGUCCCUCGGCCUAUCACGUCCAUUGUCUCAAUCCACCAAUGAAAAUGAUUCCUGAUGGAGAGUGGCACUGCCCAAGAUGUUCUUGCGAGCCCCUGAAAGGGCGGGUAGCAAAGAUUUUGACUUGGCGUUGGACGGAGCCGAUUCAAGAGGAAGGGAAGAUGGAAGAGCUGGACCACACCCACCCACACCUGCCCGCCUCCACCAGAAAGUUAAUGGUAAAAAAUGGGGGCAAAUAUGAGCCCAUGGAUUUACAAAGAUUAAUUGAGUUGAGCAAUAAGAAUCGUAAACCACUGAGGGAGUUCUUUGUCAAAUGGCACGACCUGUCAUACUGGCACUGCAGCUGGAUCUCAGAAUUACAGUUGGAUGUGUAUCAUCCGGCUAUGUACAGAGCAUACAUCAGAAAGAAUGACAUGGAUGAACCUCCUCCACUGGAAGAUGGCAGUAGUUACGGAGGGAAAGACUACAAGAAGCAGAGGAAGAAGAAUCGCAGGAGGAAGGAGGAGGAGGAGGAAAAGGAAGAGGAAGAUGAUGACAGCAAUCUGGAGGAGAAGUUCUACAAAUACGGAGUCCGGCCGGAGUGGCUCCAGAUCAACAGGAUCAUCAACCACAGACAGGGUAAAAACGAGACAUGGUACCUGGUGAAGUGGUGCGACCUACCGUACGACCAGUCAACAUGGGAGAAAGAAAACUUAGACCUCCCAGAAAUAUCCAAGCACAUCAGCCAGUACGAGGCAUUGAGAGUUCUUAUGAUGGGUGAUAAACGAAAGAAAGGAAAGGGAGGAAAAAGGAGCCGAGAUGGGUCCGAGAUCCAGGUCAAGAUGCCGCCGUCUUACCCCUCCACAGAUCUGAGGAAGAAGUGGGAGAAGCAGCCCGCUUACAUUGACGCGACAGGAGGGACGCUUCACCCCUAUCAGCUGGAGGGGGUCAAUUGGCUGCGGUACUCCUGGAGUAACGGGACGGACACUAUCCUAGCCGACGAGAUGGGGCUCGGCAAGACCAUUCAGACCAUCGUGUUCCUACAGUCCCUGUAUCAAGAGGGUCAUUCUAAGGGGCCAUUCCUGGUCAGUGCCCCUCUGUCCACUAUCAUCAAUUGGGAGAGGGAGUUUGAGUUCUGGGCCCCCGACCUGUAUGUGGUCACGUACAUCGGGGACAAGGACUGCCGAUCUGUCAUCAGAGAACAUGAAUUUUCGUUUGAAGAGAAUGCAAUUCGGUCGGGAGCGAAGGCGAGUAAGCUGAAGUCAGACUGCCAGGUGAAGUUCCAUGUGUUACUGACAUCGUACGAGCUCAUCAGUAUCGACAGCGCUUGUCUCGGCUCCGUGGACUGGGCCGUGCUAGUCGUAGACGAGGCCCACAGACUCAAAAAUAAUCAGUCCAAGUUUUUCCGUAUUUUAUCCAACUAUAAGAUUGGUUACAAAUUGCUGCUCACUGGGACACCAUUACAGAAUAACCUAGAGGAGUUGUUCCAUCUCCUCAACUUCCUCAGUCCAGAUAAGUUCAAUGAUCUGACGGUCUUUUUGGAUGAGUUUGCUGAUAUUGCCAAAGAAGAUCAGGUGAAGAAGUUACAUGACAUGUUGGGUCCUCAUCUACUGAGACGACUGAAAGCUGACGUACUGAAAGGAAUGCCGUCCAAGAGUGAGUUCAUCGUCCGAGUUGAGCUCAGUCCAAUGCAGAAGAAAUAUUAUAAAUACAUCUUAACACGGAACUUUGAUGCACUGAAUUCCAAGGGAGGUAAUCAAGUAUCACUGCUCAACAUCAUGAUGGAUUUGAAGAAGUGCUGCAAUCAUCCAUAUCUCUUUCCUACUGCUUCUAAUGAUGCCCCUAAGCUGCCAAAUGGAAUGUACGAAGGCACAGCCAUGACCAAGGCGUGUGGUAAACUGGAGCUUCUGUCCAAUAUGAUGAAGAAGUUAAAGGAGAAGGGCCAUAGACUGCUCAUCUUUUCCCAGAUGACCAAGAUGUUGGACAUACUUGAGGAUUUCCUGGAGUACGAGGGCUACAAGUAUGAGAGGAUUGAUGGAGGGAUCACGGGCUCCAUGAGGCAGGAUGCCAUCGAUCGAUUCAAUGCACCCGAUGCGCCUCAGUUUGCCUUCCUGCUGUCGACUCGUGCUGGGGGUCUGGGCAUCAAUCUGGCAACAGCGGACACUGUCAUUAUUUAUGACUCGGACUGGAACCCCCACAACGACAUCCAGGCCUUCAGUCGCGCCCACAGAAUUGGUCAGGCAAACAAGGUCAUGAUCUACCGCUUCGUCACUCGUAACUCCGUGGAGGAGAGAAUUACCCAGGUGGCCAAGAAGAAGAUGAUGUUGACCCAUCUGGUGGUUCGACCAGGACUGGGUAACAAGGGCGGAGCUAUGUCCAAACAGGAACUGGAUGACAUCCUCAAGUUCGGGACGGAAGAACUCUUCAAAGACGUGUCAGAAGGAAAAGAGGAAGAAGAGGCUAGAAUUGUGUACGAUGAUGAGGCCUUGGACAAGCUGUUAGAUAGGACCCAGGCAGGUCAGGAGGAGAGAGAGAUGGCCAUGAAUGAAUACUUCAGCUCAUUCAAAGUGGCCACCUACGCAUUCAAGGAGGAAGAGGAGGAGGAGCCAGAGACAGAGGUUCUUAAGCAGGAGGCAGAGCAUGCUGACCCCGCCUACUGGGAGAAGCUUCUCCGUCAUCACUACGAACAACAGCAGGAGGACAUGGCCCGAACCCUGGGGAAAGGCAAGCGUAUCCGUAAACAGGUCAACUACAACGACGGCAUGACCGGUCACGGAGACGACGACACCUGGAAAAAUAACUUCUCCGAUAUCGACUCGGACUUCAGUGCAGCAACAGACAAUGAUGAAGAUGAUGACGAAUAUGAGGAUUCAGAGAAGAACAAGCGAGGGAGCAGACAGCGAGGUUCCGAGAAGGACCGUCCCUUGCCUCCGUUACUGGCACGUGUCAAUGGGCAGAUUGAGGUGCUUGGAUUCAAUGCACGACAGAGGAAGGCUUUCCUGAAUGCUGUAAUGAGAUAUGGAAUGCCACCACAGGAUGCAUUUAAUUCACAGUGGCUGGUGAGAGAUCUGAGGAACAAGUCAGAGAAAGUGUUCAAGGCGUACGUGUCGCUCUUCAUGAGACAUCUGUGUGAGCCGGGAGCAGACAAUGCAGAGGCUUUUGCUGAUGGUGUGCCCAGGGAAGGGUUGUCAAGGCAACAUGUUCUGACAAGAAUUGGCAUCAUGUCCCUGGUCAGGAAGAAGGUCCAAGAGUUUGAACAGAUUAAUGGUUUGCAUAGCAUGCCCUACAUUUUGGCCACUAAAGCUCUUGAACUUAUGAAGAAAGAAGCAGUCAGCAAAUCUCCCGCUCCUAAAUCCCCUGCUCCUGGAACUAAGGAAGAGGAAUCUGACUCCAAGAAAUCUGAGGAAGGAAAGGAUAAAGCUGAGGACAAGAAAGAUGAGAAGGAGAACAGCGAAGAGGAAGAGAAGAAGACAGAGGACAAGGAGGAAGUCAAGUCUGAGGAGAAGGAAGAGAUCAAGAAAGAGGAAGUUAAAGAAGAGGAGGAGGAGAAAGCAGAGGAGAAAAAGGAAGAAGAAAAGAAGGAAGAGACACCUACAGUGAAGGAAGAAGAACCAAUGGAAACAGAAGAGAAGAAACAAGAGGUCAAGGAAGAAAAAGAAGAAAGGAUGGAGACAGAUGAGAAAAAAGAACCUGAAAAAGAGGCUGACAAGGAGGAAAAAGAAGAAAAAUCUGACAGUGAAACUGAGAAGAAGGAAAAGCAAGAGAGCUCAGAAGAGACCAAAGAUGAGAAAGAAUCCAAAGAUGAAAAUGAAGAGAAAAAAGAGGAAAAAUCAGACGAGAAAAAAGAGGAGAAAGAGGACAAAUCAGAGGACAAGGAGGAGAAGAAGACUCCAAAAGAGGAAGUAAAAUCUGAAGUGAAAGAUGAGAAGGAUAAAGACGAUGAGAGGAAGGAUAAAGAAGAUGAGAAGAAGAAGGAAGAAGGCAAUCAGAAGUUCAUGUUCAACAUUGCUGAUGGAGGAUUCACUGAGCUGCACACGCUGUGGACCAAUGAGCAGAGAGCUCUUCAGCCUGGGAAGGAACAUGAAGUCUGGCAUCGUCGCCAUGACUACUGGCUCCUGGCAGGAAUUGUUACACAUGGCUAUGGAAGAUGGCAGGACAUUCAAAAUGACCACAGAUUCCAGAUCAUCAACGAGCCAUUCCUCAGCGAGCAAGGAAAGGGCAACUUCCUGGAGAUAAAGAACAAGUUCCUGGCCAGGCGCUUCAAGCUCCUAGAGCAAGCUUUGGUCAUUGAGGAACAGCUGAGGAGAGCAGCUUAUCUCAACCUGACACAAGACCCCAAUCAUCCAGCCAUGGCUCUCAAUGCCAGAUUUGCUGAGUUGGAGUGUUUGGCAGAAAGUCACCAGCAUCUGUCUAAAGAAUCUCUCGCAGGCAACAAGCCAGCCAAUGCGGUUCUCCACAAGGUUCUGAACCAGCUGGAGGAGUUGCUGAGUGAUAUGAAGCAGGACGUCAGUCGGCUGCCCGCCACGCUAGCCAGGAUCCCCUCUGUCAGCCAGCGCCUGGCCAUGUCCGAGAGGAGCAUCCUCAGCCGAUUGGUCAAUCCGGGUCAGGCAGCGGCUCAGUCUACCACACCUGCUACCACAGCAUCCGCCUCAUCAUCCUCCUCAUCCUCACAUGCCUUGCCAUCAACCACAGCGGCAUUCCUUGCCCAGGCAGGUCUACCGGCAGGAUACUCGGCAGCAAACUUUCCCGCCGGAUUCAGACCACAGUUCGGUCUCCCUCAGUCCCCAUUCGGUCAAGGACCUUUGGGUUUCCCUUUGAUUCCCAACAUGCCAAGUCAGCAUGAUAUUAGUACAACAAUUUCUGCCAUCUUGAGUCAGAGUGGUCAGCUGUUGGGUCAGUCUGGAGCCAUGAAAUCCUCAGCCACCCCAAGCCCCUCCCACAGAUCCCCAGCCUCAACCCCAGGACCUCCCACUUACGAUCAGGCGACGGCUCCAUUUCUGCCCUCUCCAGCCGACCCCUUUACUUGGCAAGUCAGUGCCGAAUCUGCCGCCAAAUCAGCCAUGGAAUCCUUACUGGGGCAGAGCUUGGCCCAGACUAAGAUGCCCAAGUGAUUAUGGACAGGAGAAAGGACAAGUAAAUGGCAGUAAAUCAGAGAAGGAAUCAGAGACAGGAGUGAUCACCCUUGGGGAUUGAUGCAAUCUAUUGACACCAGGAGGACCAGAGGUUGUGUGAUGUCAAAGGCUGUAGCAUUCACCACCAAGGGAAUAACAAAUCCAUGGACAGGCUUUUCUGAAGGAAAAAAAAACAUUCCCUUUGCAUAAUUUUACAAAACAUUGUCAUUAAAUGAUACAAAGGAGUAUUAAUUGUGUUGUCAUCAAAAAAUCCAUUACUAUCAGACCAAUAGUUCAUUGAGAUUUUACCCAUCAAUCAUUUUGUUGCUUUGAUGUGGAGAGUGUUUUUAUUUUGUACAUGUAAGCAUUAUAUAUAUAGUCCCAUGUUGCAGAGUUGUUGUAUUUUGUAGUCGGAUUUCAUUCAAUGGUGCUCCUAUUGCUCUUAUCUACCCAAAAUACAUUUUUUUCAUCUGUCCUUGUUUUGAAUGUGGAAAACUCUUUUUAAGACGUUGCUCUAUUUAUUGAAUACAUACCAUGUACAAUGUCCAAGUUUCAACAUUAUUUCUGGGACAUUUUUUGUGGCUUUCUUCAUGUUAACAUCUUGGUAGUUUUAUUGAUAUAGAUUAAUUUGCAAUGAAAUCUUUAUACUCAUUGGAUAGGAUUAAAUUCCUGUCAUUAAAUAAAUGAUUCUAGCAGAU